GAGUUUGUGUCAUUUAUUUUUAACAGCCCUGGCACUGAUGUCACUACAGAACUGGACAGCUGGAUUGACAAGUUCUGCUUAGAUGCUGAUGUGUUUGUCUUGGUUGCCAAUUCUGAAUCAACUCUCAUGAACACGGAGAAGCAUUUUUUCCACAAAGUGAACGAACGACUUUCCAAGCCAAACAUCUUCAUCUUGAACAAUAGGUGGGAUGCCUCUGCAUCAGAACCAGAAUACAUGGAAGAUGUGCGGCGGCAGCACAUGGAGCGCUGCCUCACCUUCCUGGUCGAUGAGCUCAAAGUGAUCGAUCCCGUGGAAGCAAGGAAUCGCAUCUUUUUUGUUUCAGCAAAAGAAGUUCUGAGUGCCAGGAGACAGAAGGCCCAAGGAAUGCCAGAGGGUGGUGGAGCCAUUGCUGAAGGAUUUCAAACAAGAUUCCAGGAAUUUCAACAUUUUGAGCAGAUAUUUGAGGAGUGUAUCUCGCAGUCAGCCGUGAAAACCAAGUUUGAACAGCACACUAUCAGAGCUAAACAGAUUAUAGAUACUGUGAAAAACAUUAUGGACACCAUAAACGUGGCAGCAGCAGAGAAAAGAGUCCAGUCCAUGGAAGAGCGAGAGGAUCAGAAGGACAGACUGGACUUCGUUCGGAAUCAGCUGAACAUUUUGACUGAAGACACUAAGGAAAAGAUCAAACGUGUUACUGAGGAAGUCGAAAAUAAAGUCUCCUCGGCCAUGACUGAUGAGAUUUGCCGACUUUCGGUUUUAGUUGAUGAAUUUUAUUCAGAUUUUCACCCUUCUCCACAAGUACUGAAGCUGUAUAAGACAGAACUGAACAAACACAUAGAAGACGGUUUGGGCAGGAACCUGGCGGAUCGCUGCUCCAGUGAAGUCAAUCAGUCCAUGCACCAGUCCCAGCAGGAGAUGAUUGAAAAUCUGAAACCACUGUUGCCUUCUAGUGCUCAGAAUCAGCUCCACUUGCUAAUACCGUGCAGGAAGUUUGACCUUAGCUAUGAUCUAAACUGUCAUAGCCUGUGUGCAGAUUUUCAAGAAGAUAUCAUGUUCCACUUUUCUUUGGGGUGGACUUCACUUGUAAACCGUUUCUUGGGUCCUAAACAAGCUCAGAAAGUACUCCUGGGACUAGCAGAUCCAAACCUACAAAUCCCUCAUCCUUUAGCCACCACCCCGUCUGCCACCAGCCUUCCUGCCCUCACUCCAGACAGCGUGUCCCAGGAUGACUUUAUGGUGCCCUUGGUACUGAGUUUAGCCUCACUGACGUCUCGGACCUCUAUGAGCAUCAUCGUGGUUGGCGGAGUGAUUUGGAAAACUGUAGGCUGGAAGCUCAUCUCGUUCUCCCUGAGCAUGUACGGGUUGUUGUACCUCUAUGAGAGGCUGACCUGGACCACCAGAGCAAAGGAGAGAGCCUUCAAGCAGCAGUUUGUGAACUAUGCCACUGAAAAGCUGCAGAUGAUUGUCAGCCUCACCAGUGCCAACUGCAGCCACCAGGUGCAGCAGGAAAUGGCCACUACCUUUGCUCGGCUCUGUCAGCAAGUGGAUAUUACCCAGAAGAACCUGGAAGAAGAAAUUGCUAAGCUCUCCAAAGAAAUAGAUCAGCUGGAGAAUAUACAGACCAACUCCAAGCAGCUGAGAAAUAAAGCCAUUCACCUGGAGAAUGAGCUAGAUCGCUUCACUAAACAUUUUCUUCAAAAGGGUAAAUAAAACGUCGUUGCAAACCUUCCUGGUGAUCCUUUGUAGGGCAAACUAGAAGUUCUACAGGUGACACUUCUCCCCUGUGGAGUCACAUGAAAUGAUUUAUAUUUUAAAUGUUAUUCUGAUUACACUUAUUAUUGUAAAAUCUGGGGCUCUGAUGGUGAACCAAAUGGAAGAGCUGUGAUACUCUGAGUGUUCUGGAUGUUUUGCAGAUUUUGGGUUAAACAUUAUCUUUAACACUAAAUUUCUUUGGGCACUUGACAAUAAAAACCCAAGUCCUCACUGGUUUUCAUUAGUAUGUAGCAGGGGCAAGUCUUGUUUCCUGGCAUCCAGGAGCUUGUGCAGGGAGAGAGCUUAUCACAGUCACCACUGUCUCCUGCUUCCAGCUGCUUAGGAAUUAGCCAGGGCUGGAGGAUGCUGCUUUUCCAUGUGUG